AUGCUAUCUCAAUAUGUGGAGGAACUCGAGCAGGACCCAUUUGAGGUUGAAGAGUUCAUUGAGCGGUUGUGUUGGCGUACAAACAAUGAAAUCGGUUCAGAUCAGUUUGAUCCGGACUUGUUAUAUGAAACCUUUGUCGAAACAAUAAAGGAUAUGAAAAUUUUACAGGAGCGCCAACAGAGGAAAUGCGAUAAACUUGAGGAAACCCUGAAGGAAGAACAAGCGAUUUUUGUGAAAGCGAUUGAUAAAUUCGUUUCUAAACAUCAGGUAUCCGUGGAUUACUUUCACCAGCUGGACGAAAAGAUCAACUCAGUUGCCGGGAAAGUGAUCCAUCUUGGGGAGCAGCUUCAAAACGUAAAUAUGCCGCGCAGUCGUGCUGUCGAGGCGCAGCUGUUGCUGAACCACAUGUCGGAAUUUCUCACACCGGGACCUAUCGUGAACGAUAUCUACAGCGAUAAGAGCAAAUUAUACGAGGCGGCCGACAUUAUUCAGAAGUUGUUCCAAAUAUCGCAAGAUCUUCCUGCGCAGCGGUUUGCAAAUGCCAAGAAGAAAAUCGAAUCCAAGUAUGACGAUGUCGAGAUGCAAUUGAUCGAAGAGUUUGCCACGGCUCAGAAGAUGGAGAAUAUCGAUCGGAUGAAAGAGCUUUCCGAUAUCCUGUCUCAGUUUAAAGGAUACACGCAAGUUAUCGAUGUUUACAUCGAGCAAAGUCAGGCUACAACAUACGGUGGUCGGGAUGUGUUCGAGGGUAUCGUGCCGUUGUGUCAUAAACACUACAAAAUCAUACAGCAGGUUUUCAGUGCACCGGAUAAAGUGAUAAGUAAAUUUAUUUUGAACAUUUACCAACUGAAAAUCAAUCAGUUCGUACAAACAAAACUAGACGAUCGCAAGGAUGAGAAUAAGUAUUUAAAAACGCUUUCGGAGUUGUAUUCCCGUACAAUGAAACUGAGCGAUGAGCUGCAGGAGUUUUUCAAGGGCUCCGAAGACGAUCUGUUGCAAAAGCUGACGGCCAACAUAUUUGAUCGUCACCUUGCCACGUACAUUGAGGUGGAACACCGUACCCUGGACGGGAAAUGUCAAGUGGAGUUAAAAAAAUUCUAUGAAAACAAAAAUCAUCAAAAGAAGCAGAUCGAACGUUUCCAGGAGUUAAGAAGGGACAUGCAGGCGCUGAUUGGUAGCCGAGCCAACAUAAAUAUUGCCCAAAUUGAAGACUACGGCGGUGAGACGUUUUUGUCAGAGGAGCUAGCAAUUAAUCUGUUGCAGCAAUCUUCACACGCAUUCGAACGAUGUUGCCUGCUUUCAAAGGAAACAGAUUUACCUAGAAAUAUUCUUAAGCUCACGGAUAUUCUGUUACGUCAUUUGCUUCACGAGCAUUGCGAUUAUGCGCUUGAUCUUGGUUUGCAAGCGAUACCGAUUGCCGAAUGCAAAAGCGUCCCACAAAUAUACUUCUUCGACGUUGCACAGAAAUGCAACGCGAUCGUCCAUCUGCUGGAGAAGACGUACAACGCAAGCGUUAUCCCGAAUGUGAUUGGCACCCCGCAGUAUACGGAUUGUAUUCAGAAAAAGCGCUCCUACCUGGAGACGGUGGAGAAUAAAAUUGAAACCGGUCUUGAGCGUACAUUGAAUGCUAUCUUCGGAUGGGUGAAGACGUACCUUUCGAGUGAGCAGAAGAAGUCCGAUUUCAAGCCGGAUACGGAUGUCGAUACGGUUGCCUCGAAUGCUUGUCUCGCGGUGGUGCAAUAUUUAAAUCCAUUGAUCGGGCUCAUCCAGAAGACGAUCGAUGGGGAAAAUUUGGCAGCAAUUUUAACUGAGUUUGGUAUCCGUUACCACCGCGUGAUAUUUGAGCAUUUGCAACAGUUCCAGUAUAACACGGCUGGUGCAAUGUGCGCCAUUUGUGAUGUGAACGAGUACCGAAAGAGCGCUCGAGUACUGCAGAGUCCGCUGGUAACGCAGUUAUUCGACGUGCUGCAUGCGCUUUGCAAUUUAUUGUUGGUUAAGCACGAAAACCUGCAGGAAGUGUGCGGCGGGGAAACGUUGAACUAUCUAGAUAAAUCAGUGGUAAUGAAUUUUAUUCAAUUGCGAAGUGAUUACAAAACCAUUAAAAUAUCGAACUCCCUUAAGGGCAUUUCGGAUCAGCGAAUGGUGUAA